AUGGUGACCAGGGAACCAAACGGUAACGGGGCGGCAGCCGCCCCCAGUGCAACAAUGGCACCCGGCAGGGAAAAGCUGGGCAAGAGCAGCAAUGUCCCCUCGCUCCAGCAGCUCCUGAGGGAAGAGGAGUUGGUGAAGAAGGAGGCUGCCUACGAGAAUCUGGUUAAAAGCUGGGCCUGGGGCCGAGUCAUCUGCCUGGAGAGGGAGAAGGAGGAGGAGCAGAGGCUGGGGAAGGCCUGCCAGAACCUGCGGGCCUGCGUUGCAGAGGAGCUCUGCUUCGCUAACAAGGCACUGCUGAUGGCCCGGCGUGCAGCCCUGCGCUACCUUCUACACUGCGAGCACCUGCAGCACCAGUGCGAGCUGAACCACGGGGGAAAGUCCUUCUACCUGGAGAGGCUGUGAGCACCCAGCUCUGGGGAGCAGCAACCUGCCCACACCAGCCCCCUCGCUCCGCCAAACUGCGACCCACACCGGCCCAGGUUUCCAUGGGACCCCAGGCUUUGCACCUUACGGCACUUGCCCAUCCUGCCCCAGAGCUGCCCUCCCGACGGGACAGUCGUGGCUGUUGCUAUUUCAGAGACAGCGACACAACCUCCCGAGAAGAUUAAAGUGUUGAGCUAAGCAGAGCAGCCUGAGGCUCUGGGGAGAGGCGGCGUUUAGAUCCUAGCAUGGGGGGGGGGGGCGGGGUGUAGUGGGGGGGCUCAGCCCAGAGGCA